AUGGCUACAGCGGAGCCCACCCCCACCACAGCAGGCGGCGCGACGCCGUCGACGGUGGACCAGAACAGAGCGACGACCACACCUAUCGAAGGACCACCAGCCGUUGCCCAAGACACCACCUCCCAAGUUACGACGGCUAGCCUUCCUCUGUACCAGGCGCCUCUGCCUGCAAAUGCCAUAUCGCAGGGUCUAUCGCAGGCAGAUAAGACUCUCGGAGUGUCCACUGCGCAUCAUCAACACCUCGACCCAUCUAUUCAGCCAACUCAAGCAGAAGGCUCCAAAUCGCCAACCACACCGACGACCCAAGCAGCAGAUAGCUCGACGAGAGCGACAUCUGUUGAAGUCGAUACCUCCAAGCCCAAGGACUUUGAAGGCGAAAUUGAGACCAAUAACGAGAUCCCCUCGACUGAGCUGAUCAGAAAAGUCGAAAACUACGUGCUUCUCGAUCGCCAUGGCAAAACGCACACCUUCAAGAGUUUGCACAGUGGUCGGAAUGUGGCACGCCGCAUGCUGUUCAUUUUCGUCCGACAUUUCUUCUGUGGCAAUUGCCAGGAGUUUCUUCGCGCUGUCUCCGAGUCCAUCACCACCGAGUCGCUUCUCCGAUUGCCUGUCAGUACCUUCAUCACCGUCAUUGGCUGUGGUGACCCAGGUCUGAUUCAGAUGUACGCGGAAACAACAAAUUGUCCAUUCCCAAUCUACACCGACCCGACCCGCAGUCUUUAUAAGAAGUUUGCAAUGACGCGAACGUGGGACCUGGGAUCGAAGCCCGCUUACAUGAAGAAGAGCAUUCUAAAGUCUGCAGGUUCCUCCAUUGUCCAAGGCCUAAAGCAGGUGACCACAGGCCUGGCGACCAAGAGCGGCGACUUCCAGCAGGUUGGUGGCGAGUUUCUCUUCGAACCCAUGGAUCUCAUGACCCCAGUCACGACACCGCAAGCCGAAGAGGUUGAUCGGACACUUGGCGAUACCAUCACCGCACAUGACACGCAGAGGCCGUCCGGCUCAGUCCAUGAUGACGGUGGCGACGUUCAGUACAGUACCGAGGAGAAGCGCAUCACUUGGUGCCACCGAAUGCGCUCGACGCGCGACCAUGCCGAGGUCCCCGAGCUCAUGGAGGUUUUGGGUCUGACAGGCAAUGGGAAGCCUAUUGAUGAUUCGCGGCGCUGGACCAAAGCGUUGCAAGAGCGCAAAGGUACAGGUCUCAGCUUGGCCAGUCAGAUGAGCCAGCUGAGUGGGCGUUAG